UGACGUGCCGUGCCCCUGACCCGCGCCCCCUUCUGUUGCCUCAUCGCGCGCACGUGUGAAAUACCCGCGCGGAGAGCUCCUCUCCCCCGCCUGCGUUCCUGCAGAUUCUCCGCGUGAGUCUCUCGUGUCCUUCCCCGGCUCGGCCAGCUCGCAUUUCUCAGUGUUUGCCUGCUGGAGAGUGAGGCAGAUUGCACAGAGAGGGAGUUAUUAGCCAACAAAUUCGAAGGUUAUAUGUGCCAUGGCUAUGACCAGUGUCAGAUUGCCCACCUGUGCUUUUAGAAAGCCAGAUGCCUGGAUUGGACUCUGCCGAGUGCUGCAAGGGACACCGUCACACAAACCCUGUGCUUCCUGGAAUCGAUACUUAUAUUUUUCUAGUACCAAGUUAAAUGCAUCAAAUUAUAAAACACUUUUCCAUAACAUUUUCUCACUGAGACUCCCAGGGCUUUUAGUAUCUCCGGAAUAUAUUUUCCCAUUUUCCAUAAGACUCAAAAGUAAUGUAAGUUCUAAAAAGUCCACUAAAAAGACUCUGCAAAAAGUUGAAGAUGAAGAGGAAUCUGAAGACGAGAGAGAUCGUAGUGAGAUGAGUGAACAGGAAGACGAGACCGAGGAUGACCCCAGUGUGGUCAAAGACUAUAAAGACCUGGACAAAGUAGUGCAGUCUUUCCGGUAUGAUGUUAUCCUGAAGACAGGUCUGGAUAUCGGAAGAAACAAAGUGGAAGAUGCAUUCUACAAAGGUGAACUCAGGCUGAAUGGGGAAAAAUUAUGGAAGAAAAGCAGAACGGUGAAAGUUGGAGAUACAUUGGAUCUUCUAAUUGGGGAGGAUAAAGAAGCAGAAACAGAGACAGUGAUGCGGAUUCUCCUGAAAAAAGUGUUUGAAGAGAAGACUGGCAGUGAGAAAUACAGAGUGGUGUUAAGACGGUGGAAAACGUUAAAAUUGCCUAAAAAAAGUAUGCUCAAAUAAAUGGAUUGCUUUUUAGCGAUAAAGCUGCUUUCUAGUAGCGUGGGACAGGGCCAGGUUAAGGGCAUUUUUAUUAAAAUAAAAUUCUCCUAUCAUUUGUGGCGUCUGCCGAGCCAUUUUGUGGAAGUUGAGAUUCGUAUCUUGGAGACACUUCCUGUGGCCUGGAUUUCCCUCUGGGGCUUCAUUUAUGCGCGUUUUGACCUGAGCACGAGUGAGAUACGUGCUGAAUGAACUAAGCCCAGAGAGGGUUUUCAUGACCAGCCUGCUGUUUCCCACAUUAACUUCCUCAGGAGGCAGUGUGAGAUAAACUGGCCUUGUUGUUAGUGUCUUUUUCAAUCCUAUCCUUGUUGGCCAGCUUCCUUGGGUUCAGGCUUCUUAAGGCAAAACCAGGCUAAGUCAAGGUCUUCAUCUUAGGGGAGCAGCACUGGGAGACCCCUUUCUCCACUGGCCUUUCUGAAUUACCAGCAUGUUGGCCUUAGUUCCCUUCGGUUUGUCUCCAGGAGUCAGGAUAGUAAAGUUGUUCCAACUAAUUCCAAAUGGGCUAGUUAAUUUUAAAAUUAAUUGUUUUGGGCAUGGGGUUGAUAGACUAAGGCAGCUGGAGGCCUUUUGUAUGGCAGACAAAAAUGGUUUUUACAUUUUUAAAAGGUUGUUUAAAAUAAAAGGGAAAGGAAUAUAUGACAGAGACCUCACGUGGCCCAAGGAGCCUCAAAUAUUUAUACCAACCCUUUACAGGAGGAAUGUGAUUGACCCUCCUCGGUUUAAGCUGAGGGUCUACUUUUCAGGUGAAAGUAGAAAAUACACAGAUUUUAUCAACAAAGAGAAGAAUCAGAGACUAAUUAUUCUAAUUCUCAAGACAGUGUUUUACAAAGGACUGAAAAAAUAGAGCGUAACAGAGGAAACACACCUUUAAUACACGUCAUCUAAGAAAAGGGUAGCAGGGUACCUGCAUAAAUAAGUUGCAGAGUCCCUGCAGCUGUUUGCUGGCACUGGCAGGGUCCGCUCAGAUAGGAGGCUUACUAGGUUGAGUCAUGUCAAAAAGACUGGCUGUGUCUUGGUCCUUUGAUUUGUCCUCCAGGAAUUCUCAAGAAUUCAGGUUAACUGACAGAGAAGGGAAACUUCUGUAGCUCAGUGCAGUGAGAUGUUUGGGCCCUUGAGUCUGGAAUUCUUUUACCAGCUCAGAUUUCAGAAGACUCUGAAAAGUUGAUUUUUAUUUGAAAGCUUAAAUAAGCUCUCA